AUGGACAACGAGAUUCCCCUUCCCCCGCCACGGCGAAUCCGACACCGCUCGCCCGCAAAAUCCACCAACCCAAGCACAGCUGUCUCCUCAUUCUACCGCGCGGGACGACUCUCCCGCUUCGAUGAUCGCUCCAGCCAGCCAUCCAGUGACCCAGCGCUCUUCUCCAGCGACGACAUCCCAGCAUCCGGCCUGGAGAACUACCAUGCGACGGUGUCGGGCGCGGGGCGCAAACGACGGUAUCGCGGGACCUGGUGGGGGGAGCAGGUGGCUGAUCCGAAGCGCAAACGGGCGGAGUUUAGAGAGAAGAGAAACUUUGAUAGUGGAGUGUGGAUGGGGAGUGAUGAGCCUGGUUCUGAGUCGCUCUUGACGUCGGAAGAUGGAUCCAAUUGGGGGGAGGACCUGCGCAAGACGGUACUUGAUCCUCGGCCGACUGGACUGGCGGCGCCUCCUUCUAUGGACAGUGGCUCUGUGCUGCUGAAUCCCGCUGCUGCGUUUCAGCGUACGGAGGAGUCGGAGGCGCAGCGAUUUGCGCGUGUGGUUGUUGGGCAGUGUCUUGAGAAGGGACAGGAGCAUAUUGAUCUCGGUGGAUUCCAAUUGGGAUCUCUACCACCGGGUCUGCUGCAGCCUUUGAAACAUCUUACAAAGCUUCCAUCUUUUACGGAGCCGCCGGCCACGGAGAAUGCUUUCACGUCUCUACAGCCAUUCCUCCGCAUCUACCUUCCCAACAACUCCCUAUCAGCGCUGCCCAAUGAUGUCUUCGAGCUCAACAAUCUCAGAGUCCUCAGUCUGCGGAGCAACAAAUUCACCGAAAUCCCACCCGCAAUCGGCAGACUAACAGACCUGGAAGUCCUCAACCUCUCCGUCAACCGUCUCACCUACCUCCCCUGGGAACUCCUCAAACUGAUCCAACAAGGCAAACUGAACCACGUAAUCUCACGCCCAAACCCAUUCCACCCAAUCGAAGAAGCGCAGAUCGAAACCUGGCACUGCAAGCCAGAACCAGACAGCGAACCCGAAGAAGAACCAGAACCAGAACCACAACCAACCACCAACUCCACUCUUCCCAAAAUGCAACUGCCACUCCGAAUCCACCUGCAACUGACACCACCACCGUCAUUGCAACUCGGUCCAGACACCGAACCCAACCCAGUCUGGGCCCCUAUCCUCGUGGCCACAGGUCCAACCAACACCAUGGACAUGGAUGGCAAGCCCGUACAACCCACCCCUUACAACCGACCAUCCGAAACAACAUCAAAGAUCAGCAACGCCCCUUCCUUGCGCGAACUCGCUCUCCGCGCUGUGUCCAAACUCCCCUACUUAGAUCAAACCACCGAUCAAGAGCUAGCGGACUUUCCUCCCCUGAUUGUCCCCCUGCUUCAGCGUGCACGCGAAGUACGUCUCGCUGGCGGACAGACCUGUUCUGUGUGCGGAAGGGAGUAUGUGCUUCCGCGCACUGAGUGGAUGGAGUGGUGGGAUAUCAGCCCGCAUGAAAGUGGUGUACAGUUGCGGAGGUGUAAUGGGAUGUUGUUAAGGCCUUUGCCGUUCCGACGGUUUGGGUGUAGUUUAUCUUGUGUGCCGUCGGUUUGA